GGAGCUUUCCGAAAUGAACGGAAAAUUUCACUUUUUUUCCGGAUCAUACUUCUUGAUCAUGGCUGGCAUCGUGUCAACAGACCAGUGGAGUGUCCGUGAGAAACUCUGCCUUGCUUCAUCCGUCAUCAGAAGUGGGGACCAAAAUUGGGUGUCAGUCAGCAGAGCCAUCAAACCAUUUGGUGAAGCAGGCAGGCCACCAGACUGGUUCUCACAAAAGAAUUGUGCCUGUCAGUACUCGGCCCUGCUUGAAACAGUAGAAACACCAAAACGGAAACGGAGUGAGCGGGGUGAAGUCGUGGACACGCCCGGCGACCUCAUCGUACGUAAGAUGACCAAGGAACGCAUCACUGAGCUCAAGGCCCAGCUUGAGGAGGAUAAAGCCCGAUAUCGUCAGCUGCAACAAGAGAUAGAACAGAUCCGUAGUGGCCAGGCGGACGAUAGGUUACAGUCAACGUGGGAUGAAAUUCAAGAACAAAAACGGGCGGCCAAAGAAGCAGAGGAGGCGCAGCGAGCAGCAGCAGAGGCAGCCAAGGCAGCAGCUGCAGUCAAAGUGGCCAGCAAGCCAGGUUUCCAGUCUCCCAGCAAGCGUCGUCCUCCCAUCAGACCUCCUCGCGUAGGACCCCGCACCCAGUCAGAGACGUCAUCAGUUGGGGAUAAUGUGGAGGUCGAUGACAACCCUCUAACUUCUGACAUCAAGGUUACUGAAGAUUUAGGCUCAGGUCCAGAUGAUGCAACAACAAAACAAAGAGAGAAUUCAGCCUCUCCCUACCUGACAUCAUUGGUUGCAACAGAAUUACAAAAGGAAACGGAUACCAUAACAAAUCCAGAAGAGGAGCUUUCUGCAGAUAUUGACAAUGAGGAGACAGUGGACCAAUUGCUUGGAGCCACUGCCAGUGAUCUGGUUGCACUAUUGAGCCCCUACCCAGAGGACUCACCAUCCUCACAGAGCAUUGAUGAGAGCUCAUUGCCAGCCUCAGACCAUGGUACACCGGUCCCAAGGGUCAAAGAACCACUCAUCCUGAAGAUUGAGAAAGGUGUCGUUAAAACCAGAGAGCCCAAAGUAGAAACAAAAGUGUCCAAGACCGAGGAAUGCAACGAAACCGAGAUGGUAAACGUGGAUGACCCAGAGAGCGACAAUCAAGCGCCAAAUCCUGAGGGUAGUGCUGGCAACGCAGAUGUUGCCGAUAGUACACAGAUCAAGUCAGUCACGUCUUCCAGUACAACUGAUCAUCGCGUUGAUACUUGCUCUGCAAUUGAUCGCUACACAUCAGAUGUUGUCAAAACAACAGAAUCAUUGUCAGCUAGUAUCGCAAACCCACCAACACUAUUGAAACUGAUUACCAAGGAUGAGCCAAAUACAGAGCCACAAUCAUCAAAGCAGGCAACACCAAAACCAAAUUUGCGAUCCCCAACCAGGAAGAGUAUGAGUCCUGAAGAGCAGAAGUUGAUUACCCAGAGGCUGGACGAGGCUCUGUACGAACCCAAAGAGGAAAGCUAUAUCCGUGACCCAUCCCCUAUGAGAUGGCUGCGCUCCGUCAAAGACAGAAAGAAAAUCCAGCUCAAAGCUCCAGUUACAGAUGGAAAAGCUCAGUCUCAAGAAGAUCAAGAAAGCAGUAUCCAAGAGAAGAAGGACGAAGCGAAAAAUCUGCUACCAAAAGAUGAUGUGGCAAGUGCUCUUAAAUCAAAUAGAGGAAUGGAGAUGAAACAGGGAACUGAAGACUUUGGCCAAAUCAGUGGAAACAUCAGCCAGCCAAAACCAGAAGUCAGCAAAGAGAAAAUGGCGACGGAAGAGCCAGAUUACACUCGUAAUGCAGAAGACACUGCAAAGUCUAAUGCAGGCAAUUAUGACCAAGGCAGGGCCCAAUCAGUUGUAAUACCAGCCAGAAUAAAGAGCCCAAGAAAAGCCACAUCUAAGAGUGACAGUGUGGCUAAGCAUGCUGACAGACAUGCAGAUGCAACACCGGUGACAAAACCCAGAGCAGACGCAGGGGAGGAUGACUACCAUCAUAUUGCGCCCCCCUCCCCAGGGGACAGUUCGUCACGGGAGGACAGUGACUUGAAGGUCAAGCGGAAGGGGACAAGAGGCAGACCGCCGGGCAGCCAACGCAAGAGCUCACGGAUAAGGACACAUGCAGCAGCGGAGGAGGAGGAUGACCAAAACCAGCUGGAUACCCCCUCUGGAAGGAGAUCAGCUGGCAAGGAUGGCACAGCCAGUAGUCUUGUGUCACUGAUUGACGAGGACAGCAAGGAUACACACAGUGAGGCCGGGGACUCAGACGUGACCGACAAGCCCUCAGAGAGUGACGAUUUGUCAACGUCGGCUGGAGGUCUUCAGCCAUCAUACUUCCUAGACUCGCUGCCAAAUAGUCCAGCAUCGGUUGCUCAGAGUGAGGAGGACCAUGCUUAUAAGAUAUGGCGUAAGGCAAUCAUGCUUGUCUGGAGAGCUAUCGCAAGCCACAAGUAUGCCAAUGUGUUUCUACAUCCGGUAACAGAGGACAUAGCCCCAGGUUAUAAGAGCAUUGUCCUGCGUCCCAUGGACUUGAUCACCAUAAAGAAGAACAUUGAGAAUGGAGUGAUACGGACCACAGAGCAGUUUCACCGUGAUAUGAUGCUCAUGUUUCAGAAUGCUAUCAUGUAUAACAAUGCAGACCAGCAUGUCCAUCAGAUAGCCACCAUCAUGCAGGCUGAUGUGGUCAAGCAGAUAGAGGAAUUUGUGUCCACCCAGUUGUUAGUACAGCAACCAGACUCUACCAAAAUGCUGAGGGGUAGAGGAAAGCAGGGACAGGGGGAAGAGGAUCGUUCCCGGCGGAGUUCUACUGACACGGACACCUCGGGGAAGAAGAGACGAACACGGGCUGAUGAGUACUAGGUCUGGGAUUGGGAGGAGGGGGUGACAGAUUGCAGUCAGAUGAUAGGACAGACAUUUUCCAACACUUGACCCUAAUUCUCUGAACAAAAAUGGAUGUGUUCAACAAAGUUUUGAACUUUCACUGCAGUUGAACUGAUGGAAGGACUUGUGGCUGCAUGUAUUUCCGAUAGACCUCUGUGCUAUACAUGUAUAUCACCUAUCAUAGCCAACUCUAUCUGCUGCAUGGGAAAAACGUGACCAAUAAUGUUGGGUUCCAAAUCAUUAUCAUGGUGUAAUAUGAUCAGACGAUAUAGGUGUGCUUAUCAAACCCUAACCCAAGACGACUUUUUGGAAUUUAAUAAUAUUCUUUGGAAACUGUCUCACUCUUUAGUCUGGAUAAUUAUUUUUAUUUUGAAAGUUAUGUUAUGAGUAAUAUUAUAGACUCAAAAAUUCUCAUCAAAACAGUAAGGAAAGGAUUCUUCAAGAAAUUAAUAGAACUAUUUUGUUUUGCAGGAACCAUUUGAUUUCAAAAAAAAAUAAAAAAAAUAAAAAUAUGUGACCCAUCACAACAAAAUGAGCUUAAGGUGGUGUUUUUUUUAAUUGAAGAAUUGAGAUUUUUGUGUAAUGAUUCUGCAGAACAAGAGCUUUCCAAUGGUAUGUAACAUUUGGGGCUGUCGGGUUUAGUAACGGAACUACACACUGUUAACUUUAUUACAGUGGUAAAUCUCAGGCUUCAUGUCGUCGCGUCAGUGCAACAAGGUCGUAACUCCAUUCUGCAACAAAGUCGUAUCUCGCACGAAUAUGCCCUGUGCAACAAGGUCAUAUCUCAACGUCCAUUGACUUUGUGUGUACAUCCGGGUUAUUUUAAGUGAGAUACCACCUUUUGACAUUCUGAAACUCAUGUUUCACAUACGACCCAUUUCAGGAGAUUCAACCUUGUUGUAUGGACACAACGAUGUGUGUUUGUGUUGGACGGGAGAAAGGCAACCAUUAGAAUGGGUCAAAAAUAGGUUCAUAGAUGUUUAAUGGAAGCAAGAAAAAAAGUGGGAAAGUUAGAGGUUGACUUACAGAUUGAGGGUUCACCUGAAAACAAGAAAAAGACUACCCAUUCAAAUGUUGGCUUUGUCCCACUACCUGCAACUGGCAUUUUGUGACCUAAAGCUCGUUUUGUGAUGACAAGUCACAUAUGUAAAACAAAACUAAGUUGGCUGGAAUUUGCAACGAAAUGUUUGAGAACAUCGUGCUGCUUUUAAGCUCGUGACAAAAUUCGACCACAAAAAGCUGACUCGUUUUUUUAAAGCAUUGUCAUAAAAAAGGUUUGGUUUGUGGAUUCCACUUUGACCACUUUAAAAUAAAUGUUGGCUGUUGAAAGUGAAACUUGAA